GGCCGAUAUCAUUACCCGAUCUUUCAUACAAACCAAAGCUUCUCUUCUUUUCCCUUCGAUUCGAUUCGAUUCGAUUUCGCCGCUGUUUGUGAGCUCACUCUGAAUCUGAAAUGGUUUGAUCUCCAAAAAAGCGGGAACCGGCAGCUUCCUCGGAAAUGCAAUUCCACGCGAUAUCCUUUACCGUCUCUCCUAGAAAUCUGGAUCGAUCUCGCGGAGCUUAAUCAAUCUUAUUCCCAGCUCCGAUCCUCGUUUUCUCGUGAGCGGCGAAGCUGGGCUUGGAAUGACAGGCUUAUAAACAGCUUACUGGAGAUAUUUAUAACAAGAACUUACUUGCUGUUUGGGAUUGCAGACAGCCGAGAGUCUCUCCGUUCUCAAUACAUGACCCGAGCUCGACACGGAUAUAUUUGUUUCAGAAAAAUAAAGCGUAGUUGCACCUCAUGAUCAUCCAUUUUGUUUUGCUGGCAGUUCAGGAGUUUAGUUACAAUAACUAAUCAACUCUGUGGAAUGUUUCUCGUUUCCUUCUGCAGGAUCGAUGUUUUGACCAACCCUGGCAGUAAUUUAGAAUGCUAAAAGCUGUCUGAGUAAUUCCAUGGCACGGCCAUUAACUUUUAAAGAAUUUAUUGCCUCCAGUUAAAAGCAGACCGGUUGGUCUAAUGGAAGAUCAAAAGUCUAGCUUAAGCAGAAAUUCUGAUAUUGCUAGUGUCGUUCCCGGGAAAAGGGCCCCUACAAGAACAUUGGUUGCUUCAAGACCAAAAGCUUUUCCUGGGGGUGCUUACAAGCACAUAGCUUCUCUAAGGCAUGGUGAAAUAGGAAGUGGCGUGGUUGGUCGUGCAGCAUUCUUUUUGCUCAAAGUUGCAGCAUUAGAAGGUUUUCGAAGGCUCUCUAAGGCAAAAUGUCCAUUCGCUUGGCGUGGUCUUCAAGCUUUGCAGCUUCUUUGCUAUCCUCCUCUGAAAUGGAUUCAGCAUUGGGCUCCAUUUAGAGGUUUGAUAAAAACCAUGCAGGCACUAUCGCGGCCUUUACUGGUCCUUUCAAUUGCUACUGCAUUCUCUGAUCAUGAGGAAUCUAGCAGUGAGAACUCAGAAAGCAACAGUGAUUCUCAGUCAUACUCAGAUGUGAGUUUGGAUCCAGUCUCUGUACAGUCUGCUUCGGAUACAAGGUGCAUCCUCUGCAAUGAAGCUCCUCGAGUAGCUUCUGAAAAUUGGUUAAUCUGUCUACAUAAAGAACUGCAAAAUCAGGGAAUUAGCUUGCCAGAUAGAAUCAAUGAUGAUGAACUUCGUAGGUUUUAUGUUGCCGCAAAUGGUGACUUUUCAUGCCUCUUGUCAUCAGUUAAGAAGACAGUUCGUUGGAGAGAUACCUACCGGAUUCUUACUGAGGAUGAACUAAAGAUGUGGUCUGAUAUGCUUUUCUGGCAUGGAUUUGAUGUCAAGAAUCGGCCUUGUCUUAUUGUGCGGCUUGGGCGAGCUUGCUUCAGUGUUCCCUCACAUGAGAGACCCCGCUUUGCUCAAGCAGUCAUAUCUCAAGUGGAACAUGGAGUUCUUAGCUUAGUUGAUGCAGAAAACGGUCAAAUUACAGUUCUGGUAGAUUGUGAAGGAUUACCUCCAUAUAGAAUCCCCAUGCAGAUGUUGCGAUCCUGCUUUUCACUUCUGCAAGAUCAUUACCCCAAUCGGCUUGGUUGUUUAUUUGUUAUAAGGCUUCCCCCAGUAGUGCGGGUUAUUGCUCAGACUCUCAUCCAAGUUCUGAGACCCACUACACGAGAAAAGCUGAGGAUUGAAGGAGAGAUGUAUCUGAAAGUUCUGUCCGAGUGCCUUCAGAUGCUGCCAGCAUAUCUUGGUGGGAAAUGUGGUUGCGAGAAAUGCAGAAAUCCUGGAAAUCAUAGUAUGCACCCUUUUUCAGAUGGUCCCAGUUGGUCAAACUCAAUGCCCGAUGGUAGCGAGAGAGAGGGCUCCGAAGAUCUUGCUCCGAACUAUUUGAUGAAAGAAUCUGACAUGGACUCGGAAGAUACUUUCAACCAAGUUGUGAGAACUUUUAUGAUUGCUGUCCUCAUGCUGUGGCUGCUUGUUGCUUUAAUUGCAGGGUUAUAUGAUCCCGAGAGUCGUCCCUUUGCAGCACCCUGAGAUAAAGGUCCCUCAAUUAGUUUCCUUGGGUCUAGGGCCAUUUUUGUAUUUGAUUUAGGCUGGCUUUAUAUAUACGAGUUGAUGGAUUUUGCUGUUAAUAGCUGUUGGGUACUGUAAGUAUAGCUUGGCUAUCUUUCUUACCUUCUCAGUUGAAGAAGAGUUUGGUAAAGCUAAUAAUGCGGUAAACUUAUUGAGGUGAUGACUCAAAUCAUUAUUCUUAAAAGGGAAUUGUGGUGACGAAGUUAGCUAAAUUUUAUUAUCAUGUAAGUCAUUCAUGUAGUCCGAGGAGAAAACAUGGGAUACCUCCCUACAAGAUCUUCACAAUGAGUGAGUGAAGCAAAAUAUGAAAUGCGAUCUGAGACCAGGGAGAUUCUUUUGUUAUGUCUAAUGUUAAAGUAGGAACAGAAGGACCACGCGGAAGACAGACAAGAGCCGGACUGGUCGAUCUGCAGGAGGUCACUCUUGAGGACUGGGCUGAGCUAAUCAGUUAGGAGGCGUUUGGUUUCAGAGUAACUUUGAUUUUGAUUUUGA